AUGGUUAAACAAAGAGAUCAAUUAUGGAAGUAUGUGGAAGAUUUAAAAGGGCGUUUCAAAUUUAAAUUUUGUAACAAGGAGUAUGCAGGUGGUAUUUCAAGAGUGAAAUAUCAUUUAGCUUGCUUGAAGGAAAAUGAUGUUGGGAUAUGUAGCAAUGUGCCUGAUGAUGUCCAUGCUGAGGCACUCCGUGCAUUAAGUAAUAAGAAAGUUAAGACUGGGGAAAGUUCCACUGCAUGUAAUGUUGGAACUUCACAAAGCCCCCUAGAUAGUAGAGAACAUAUAGGAUGCAUUAUUAUGUCUGACAUAUGGACUGAUAUGAAAGAGCGUUCCUUCAUUAAUGUUAUUGCAUAUUCACCCAAGGGGGUUGUUUUUCUAAACUCUUUUGAGUGCUUUGAUUCUUCUAAGACUGGACUAUUUCUUAGAGAUAUACUUGAGCUUAUAAUAGAGGACAUUGGAAUAGAGAAAGUUGUUCAACUUAUCUCAGAUAACGCUUCCAACUAUGGGGUUGCAAUCUCUUUGAUUAUGGAGAAAUAUCCUCACAUUCAUAGGGUAAGAUGUGCAGCACAUGGAGUGCAAUUACUAUUGAAGGACAUUGAUGCACAAAUUUCAUGGGCAAAAGAAGUAUUUGACAAGGCAAAGUUGGUUAUUGGUUUUAUGUACAAGCAUGGGACUGUUUUAGCCUUAAUGAGGGAAUGCACAGGAGGCAAAGAAUUGAAAAAACCUUGCAAGACCAGAUUUGCUUCUAAUUUUUUUAUGCUUAAAUCUAUUCUUGAUGUUGAGGAUUUGUUGAGAGUUAUGGUUGCAUCAAUAGAAUGGAGGAUCAACAGGCACUGCAGGUCUGAUUUGGGUGCAAUGGUAACUCAAAUAAUUCAGAGUACAGAGUUUUGGUUGAAUGCAAAAGAUGUAUUGUCCAUUUUAGAACCUCUUAUCAUAGUCUUUCGCCUAGUUGAUGGUGAUGGAGCUACAAGUCCAUUUUUGUAUGAGGCUAUGGAAAGGGCAAGGACUACCAUCAUAGAUCGUUGCAACAGAGAUUCAUCGAAGUACAAGAGGCUAUUGCAAUUGUUUGACAGUAGAAAAGAGGCAAACAUAAUUCAUCCUGUGCACGUGAUGGCAGUUUUUUUGAAUCAUUUCUUUAUGUAUGAUGGAAAAAUUUAUACUACCAAAAUGAUGUGCAACAAGCAGUAUUCGAUAUCAUAA